AAGAAUAUUACGAAAACGCCACUGCGCAUAAAAGUUCUGUAUGGUUCCCAGCUUCUCUCUCCGACAGUCGAAUUUCUGAAAGAGACGUACUCACCGGAAAGGUGGAAAAUCGAAGGGAGGGGAAAUCUUCAUCGCUUCGAUGGUGGAUUUUAGGGACCGAACGGAUUCCAGUUGAUCGGAAUUCUCAGAAUCUCGAUGGAAAUGCCCGGCAGGAGAUUGAACUACACGCUUCUCAGUCAAAUUCCAGACGACCAGUACAGUGGCGGCGUUGCUGUGGCUGGAGCCGGAGCUUCGACAUCGUUGAUAGAAACAUCAUCAGGAGAGGGGAAGAACGACAGGAGGAAGUUGGAAAGAGGAUUGGAUUGGGAAGCGGGUGGUGAUCACAGGGCGGGCCAGCAGCAGCAGGUUAAUUGGAUCGGUAAUAUGCACUCGACGUUUGGUUUGCAGAGGCAGUCCAGUGGAAGCAGCUUUGGAGAGAGCUCGAUAUCCGGGGAGUACUAUGCACCGACACCAUCAACUACGGUGGCUAACGAGACGGAUGCGUUUGGGUGUACGCACGAUGAUCUGCUUAGGAUUGGAGGCGAUUCGAGACCACAGACAGCCGAGAUGGCCGCUGGGACUGGAGGAUCUUCUAGUAAGAGCUGGGCGCAACAGACGGAGGAGAGUUAUCAACUGCAGCUGGCAUUGGCGCUUCGGCUUUCAUCUGUGGCGACUUGUGCUGAUGAUCCUAAUUUCUUAAAUCCAUUUCAGGAUGAUUCAGCUUUAAGGAGGUCGAUUAGCUCUGCUGAGGCUGUGUCACAUCGAUUUUGGGUGAAUGGCUGCCUAUCAUACUUUGACAAGGUUCCUGAUGGGUUUUAUUUAAUCCAUGGAAUGGAUCCAUAUGUAUGGACUGUAUGCACCAGCCUGCCUGAUAAUGAUCGCAUGCCAUCAAUUGAAUCUCUAAAGUCUGUUGAUCCUAUCACUGAUUCUUCAAUUGAAGUUGUUCUGAUUGAUCGGCGCACUGAUCCCAACUUAAAAGACCUCCAAAAUUGGGUCCAAAGCGUUUCUUGCACCUCUAUAACCACAGAAGAGGUUGUAGACCAGCUUGCAAAACUUGUCUGUAGGAGUUUGGGUGGCUCAGUUUCUGGAGAAGAUGUGUUGGAGUCGAUAUGGAGGGAGUGCAGUGAUAACUUGAAGGAGACCUUAGGCUCAGUGGUUGUUCCUCUUGGUGGACUCUCUGUAGGACUCUGCCGGCAUCGUGCACUUCUUUUUAAAGUGUUAGCUGACACAAUUGAUUUACCCUGUCGUGUAGCCAAGGGCUGUAAAUAUUGCUCACGCCAUGAUUCUUCUUCUUGUCUUGUUCAGUUUGGGCUUGACAAGGAGUAUCUGGUUGACUUGAUUGGAAAUCCUGGUUGCUUGUAUGAGCCUGAUUCUUUGCUCAAUGGCCCAUCCUCCAUUUUGAUCUCCUCGCCAUUGCGACUUCCACGACUAAAGCCAGUAGAGCCGGCUAUUGAUUUCAGGUCACUGGCUAAACAGUACUUUUCAGAUUGCCAAUUGCUUAAUGUUGUUUUCGAUGAAGCUUCCUCAUGUAAUUACUCAGAAAAUACAGUGGACGGAGAAGAUAGCGCACUCCCCUUGUAUCUAAAGCAGUUUGAUAGAAAGUUCACCAACAGAAGCAACCAAAUGCUCGUCCCUGGUGAAAAUGAUGAAAAAUCCAUUUUACUGCAUGCAAAAACUUCGCAGCCUAAUUCCCAAGACAGAGAUUUCCUACUUAAACUGCGUGAUAAUUCUCAUAAUGCUAUACAACCAACUGUCCUGGUUGAGGAUUCAAUCCCACUGAAGUACGUUCCACAUAUUAGCCGUGUAAGUGCGCAGUCAUAUUUGGAUAUGUCCCACCCAAGGAUGGAUUCUACUAUGGACGUAAGGUUUCAACAGGGAGGUCAGCUAAUACCAAGCACACGGAGUAAAACACUUCCCCUUGGUGCAGAGGAUUUGGACAUUCCAUGGAAUGAUCUUGUUUUAAAAGAAAGAAUUGGAGCAGGUUCCUUCGGAACUGUGCAUCGUGCUGAUUGGCAUGGAUCGGAAGUUGCUGUGAAGAUCCUAACAGAACAAGACUUCCAUCCUGAACGUGUUAAUGAGUUUCUGAGAGAGGUUGCUAUCAUGAAAUCCUUACGACAUCCUAAUAUUGUACUGUUCAUGGGUGCCGUGACCAAGCCACCAAACCUGUCCAUUGUCACUGAAUAUCUAUCGAGAGGUAGCUUGUAUAGGCUUUUGCAUAAGUCAGGUGUCAAAGACAUUGAUGAAACACGUCGGAUAAAUAUGGCUUUUGAUGUGGCAAAGGGAAUGAACUAUCUCCAUAGACGUGAUCCUCCAAUUGUUCAUCGCGAUCUAAAAUCACCGAAUCUUUUAGUUGACAGGAAGUAUACAGUAAAGGUUUGUGAUUUUGGUCUCUCCCGUUUAAAGGCACGAACAUUUCUUUCAUCAAAAUCCGCAGCUGGAACACCUGAAUGGAUGGCACCAGAGGUACUACGUGAUGAGCCGUCAAAUGAAAAGUCAGAUGUUUACAGCUUUGGAGUGAUUUUGUGGGAGUUAGCAACUUUGCAACAGCCAUGGUGUAAUCUAAACCCAGCUCAGGUUGUUGCAGCUGUUGGAUUUAAGGGCUUAAGGCUUGAAAUCCCACGUGAUGUAAAUCCCAAAUUGGCUUCCUUAAUAAUGGCUUGCUGGGCCGAUGAGCCCUGGAAACGUCCAUCUUUUUCCAGCAUAAUGGAGACCUUGAAGCCAAUGACUAAACAAGCACCACCUCAACAAGGUCGUGCUGACACACUCUCAGUUAUGUGACAAUAUGGAAUGUAGGAAUGCCUGACGUUUUCGAGUGCUGAUAACGGUAUCCUUCGAGAGAUAUCCGGUGCAUUUAAACGUUACUCCAAAUGAUCUCAGGUGCUCCUAUAGCAAAAUCUUCCAUUUCUACUUGUUCCCUUUUUCAAGCUAAGAUCUGGUACCGGGCUUCUCUCGAGUUUUUGUGAAGGGAUGGGAGAAGUGUUGGAAAACUUCAAUUAUCAUCAAAAUGUAGAGAGAUUAGAAGAAUAUGGAUCACUUCCAUUGCCCACAAUGAAGGAAAGCUUCAACCUUUUUGCUAUGGUGUGAUAAGGAAGCUGCAACUCCAUUGUCAGCCUUUUGCAGGUCACGCCUUUACUUGUUUGUAUAUUUAUUGGUCUUAUUUUGAGAACGGGACAUGGAAUGGAACUAAUUUUGUACAUACUAAUGAUUAGUUGUGGCUGGAUACAGUGUUAUAUUCAGUCGGACUUGGUGUUUGCUAGGAAAUGUCAUUACUGUUAUUUAAGAGGUUGUUCAAACAUUCAAUUAAUAUUCA